AUGCCGCCACUCCGCCGACCGCCGUUCUGCUGCUCCCCCGUGGCCAUGGUGUCGUGGAGCGACGAGACUAGCGAGGAUUCAGUCAUGAACAUCUCCUCCUCCUGCGAUGGCAUCAUCAAGCUUCCAACUACGAUGCAUGAUCCGAAUUUCAAUGGCGCUGACGCAGAUGUGAAUGUUUUGUGCGAACACGGCGAGCCAGCCGAGCGCUUUGUUGCAUUUGAAGGGAUGCACACCGGCAGGAGGUUUCUUGGAUGUGCUAAGAAGGAAGGCAUAAACUGUGGAGUAGUUCAAUGGAUUGAUUUCGAAUGGCCAGACUCAGUGGAGAAGGCAUUGGCCAAGUUAUGGGAUAUGUAUGAGGAGAUUAAGUCCGCUAGGACCAAUGACAAUCUGGAGAGUUCCUUUGCAAUUCACAACCUGACAGAAGAGAAGAAGAACAGGAGAAUUAUGACACAGAGGGGUAUGGAGUUGAAUAAUCAAAAGGAGCAGAAGGAAUGUCUUGCUGUGAAGAUUGCAAAGCUAGAAACUGUAGUGGGCAACUUGAAGGUAGAGCUGUCAAAGAAAGAGGAGGAGAAGAAGAAAGUACAGGAGAACUAUGACAGUUUGUAUGCUGAUGUGAAUGCUCUGUUGGAUGCCCAACAGCAGAAGGGUGUGGAGUUAAACAAUCAGAAGGAGCAGAAGGAAUGUGUUGAUGUGAAGAUUGCUGAGCUAGAAACUGUAGUGGGCAACUUGAAGGGAGAGCUGUCAAAGAAAGAGGAGGAGGAGAAGAAGCUGCUGCUGCAAAAGUAUGAUACUCUAAGGAACCUGACAGGUGCUCAAGCCAAUGUGAUUAGGAACUCGAAGUUCAAUCAUUUGAAGGAGAAAGAAAGGCCGACAGAAGAGAGGCUUAAAUUACAGCAUCACAUUUCUGAGCUUCAAAAGUUUGAGGCCAAGAUAAAGCUGAAGCUUAAGGGGGUGAAGGCCAUCUUAGAUGAGUAG